AUGGAGGGGAACGCCGACGCCUCUUCGACGGCGCCGCUGGCCUGGCACGACUUCCUCGAGCGCAUGCGCCAGCCCUCCGCCGCCGAGUUCGUCAAGUCCAUUAAAAGCUUUAUUGUGACAUUCUCAAACAGAGCUCCUGAUCCAGAGAAAGAUAGUGCUGCUGUCCAGGAGUUCCUGGAAAACAUGGAAGGGGCAUUCAGAGCCCACACUCCUUGGGCUGGCAGUUCAGAGGAAGAACUAGAGAGUGCUGGUGAGGGACUUGAGAAAUAUGUUAUGACAAAGCUGUUUAAUCGGGUAUUUGCUUCAGUCCCAGAAGAUGUGAAGAGUGAUGAAGAACUUUUUGAGAAAAUGUCUUUGCUACAGCAAUUUAUAAGGCCUGAAAACUUGGAUAUAAAACCAGAGUACCAGAAUGAAACAUCCUGGCUGCUCGCACAGAAGGAGCUGCAGAAAAUAAACAUGUAUAAAGCUCCAAGGGAUAAGCUUGCCUGCAUUCUGAACUGCUGUAAAGUUAUAAAUAACUUACUUCUAAAUGCUUCAAUUGUGUCCAAUGAAAACCCCCCUGGAGCUGACGAAUUUCUUCCAGUCCUUAUCUAUGUCACCAUAAAGGCUAAUCCUCCGCAGCUCCACUCAAAUCUGUUGUACAUACAAAGAUAUAGACGGCAAACACGAUUGGUGUCAGAGGCUCAAUACUUUUUUACAAACAUAUUGUCUGCUGAGUCUUUCAUAUGGAACAUUGAUGGGGAAUCAUUAUCCAUGAAUGAACUAGAUUUUCAAAGGAAGAUGGAUUCGGCAAGGGAACGCUUGUUGGGAUUAUCAGCUGACUCAGAAAACCAGGAUAGUCAAGCCAAUCCUGAUGUCCAAGAUCGGAAAUCACAAAAUCUUAAAGCUAACAGGAAUUCUGAUGCCAGCUUAUCUUUGAAAGAUCACGCCCAAGGUUCAGGACAGGAUAUGAGAAGGGACAGUGAUGUGACUGUGAGUGGUAAACAUGUUGAGCAGGAGUACCCGUUCCUGUUUGCCCGUGCUGGUGAUCUGACUAUUGCUGAUGUAGAAAGCCUUUUGAAUUCGUACAAGCAACUAGUACUUCGGUAUGUAGCACUUGCACAAGGUAUGGGUGUCAGCCCUGAAACCACUCUUGCUCAGAGCGGGCAGACAUCUGAUCUUGUAGUAUCUGAGGAGCCAGAAAAUUUGAAUAGCGUGGUAAAUGACAAUGAGAACAGUGAAAGAAAUAGUAAAAAAGUUGAUGAUGUUAUAAGCGAAAACCAUCAUUCAGAAGCGGUUGACACAGAAGCAUCUGAACAAAUGACCCUGAAAACUGCUGUUGAUUCCAGUGAUGAUCUGAAGGCAUUGCAUCAGCCUGAGAAUGAAUGA